CUCGUUAGGUUACAUCCGUGAUGUGCAUACAGAAAGAAAAGAGGAGAGACAGGAGGAACAUUGAUUCUUCACCUACAAUGAAUCUAUUAGGCAACCACUGUUAGGCGAGAAGUACGGCUGCUAUAAUCAGCCCCCCACAGCAACGGGGUAGGAAGAGUGCCGCUGCUGCGCGUACACCCGGUGACGGCAGCGGAUAUGAGAGACAUUGCAAACGAGCAGCCCGGCAGCGCAAGCCUGGCGACGGAUUUGGAAGCCUGAAAAGGUCGUCGAGCUUUGAGUGACUGCAAAUAUGCGAGCGGCUAGUCGAGCGACGUGAGGUGUUUAAAUCAUGCAUCAGUCGUGGUAUGUCAGUAUUGAGCGAUCAAGGGCAUCUACAACAUGCGUUGACCAUCUCCCACAGGCGGCAACAUGCCAAGACUCACUGCAUUCGGGUCCCAGGUAUCUGGAUUCAUUUUUCCGACCCUCAUAUCCGCUCAUGGGAGUAUGGAUGACGGGAGUCCAACGAUGUAAGAUUCUGAUGAUGAGCGCCUCCCAGGCGCCAAUUGUGGGGCGAUAAUAGGUAGCCACUGUAGCUUGUGGUCUUCAAACCCAUGGAGGUCA